AUGAAUAAUCGUGGUCGCGAACGGGACAGCAACCAAAUGUCCAAGUUUCUUAACAGGAUCUUGGGUAUGCGAGUGCACAUACAAAACGCCUUAUUUCGCUACUUCUCGGACACUCUUGAGGAGCUGGUGCGACGGGCCAAGCGAGAUAAGCGACUUGACUUGGGUAUAAUGGAUCUUGGAACAACUGGUCAGAACAUGGAAAUCACAUGGACUAAGAGCUUUGACAAUCGUUUCCUCACUGAUUCCUCUGAAGUACACUUGCACAAAGCCUGA